AUGUUCCGCGGAUUAUUAUCAGCAAAACAUAUCAACCGGGUGGACCUUCUCGGAACUGCGCUUCUUUUAGGAGCUGGCAUAUUUGCUAUUACAGCAGUUCAACAGGUUGAAGUUCAUGGGAAUUGGUCUUCAGCGUUGACCAUCUCGCUACUCGUACUCUCUGGACCCCUCUUUGCAUUAUUUCUCUGGCGGGAAAGAUGUGUUACACGUGCGAGUGAAGAAUCUGAUACCGAGCCGGUAUUCCCAUGGCGUUUUGUUGAGAAUCGAGUGUGGAUGGCGAUGAUAAUGUAUGUGUUUUACUUGCCUAGUCACCAAGUAAGAAUUUCGAUUAAACUUUCUAGGAACACUUUCUUUGUUGGGACAGUUUUCACAACUUUGAUUAUUCAAAUCCCGUUGCGACUGCAGGCGGUAAAUGGUUUCUCUGUAAGCAAGAACUUUACACGGUUUAUCAUUGCAUAAUUGCAGUACCGUCAUGCGAUUGAAGCCUGCCACAAGAGGAAUUGGAAUGCUGACAAAUAAAAUACACACUAAAGGCGGGUGUAUAUUUGUUGCCCUAUGGUCUACUUGCGCCUCCAGGAGGCCUGUUCUGUAACUGGCUCAUGGGGAAAAAGAACUUACCUCCAAUCGUGGUUUUCUUCACAGGAGCCUCAAUCCAAACAGUGGCAGUAGCCUUAUUGAGUAUUCUUCCUACGACUGAGCACUUCUGGAUGCCAUCAUUGGGAUACGAGGUCAUGGCUGGUUUCGGUACUGGCAUGAAUUUGGGCGGUCUCCUCAUGGUGGCUCCUUACGUCUGUGAAGAACGCGAUCUAUGUAAAUCAUCCUUGGAUAUUGGUUCUGAAGCAUGCUAAUGGAUAAAUAGCUGUUGGUUCGGCUGCAAUUAACCAAUUUCGUUUUCUUGGAGGCUCCUUUGGUCUUGCUAUCGUGAGUAGCGUAAUGUAUAGCUACACUCGCGGAAAGUACGAAGAUUUCUUGCCACCGGAGAUAAUCAAAGCAUUAUUGGAGUCACUGACAGUCGUCGAAAAUCUCCAGCCAGCAGUACGAGAAAGAGUUCGACAGGUGUUAGCAGAGGGAUAUAAUUUGCAGAUGAAGAUCUUGAUUGGAUUCGCAAUGUUACAGAUCGUGACCACUGUUCUGAUGUGGGAGAAGAAAGUGAGAAGAAUAAAAGGAUGA